CACGGCCGUCCUGUUAGACAAAUGCAGAGCUCCGUAUCAAGUGCGUCAAAUUCAUUCCUACAUGAUCAAAACAAACCUCGUCAGUGACACAUUCUCCGUCUCUAAGCUCAUAUCUGCUUGCUCUCACACUGGCUGUAAUGCUUUAUUCCCUCAUGCUCUUUUGCUUAGAAGAUUUGCGAGGAAUCGAGUUCUCUGUUCCCUCUGUACUCAGAGCUUGUGGCAGAUCCUCUGCGUUCAGGGAAGGCAACCAAAUUUUCGGUCACGUAUUGAAGAUCCAUCUAUGGCUUGACCCGUUUGUGGCGAAUUCUUUGGUGCGUAUGUGGUUGGAGCUCGGUGAGACCGAACUUGCAAGAUCGGUGUUUGAUAGAAUGCCUGUGAGAGACUUGAUUUCUUGGAAUUCCUUGAUCACGGGUUAUUUGAGGGCGGGCGAGAUUGAGUUUGCACGUGAACUAUUUGAGAGAAUGCCCGAAAGGGACCUGGUUUCAUGUAACGCUAUGAUUGAUGGGUAUGCAAAGCAAGGAAUGUAUAAACUUGCUGAGGAUAUUUUUACGACAAUGAAGGUUAAGGAUUUGGUGACUUGGACAACAAUGAUUUCAGCUCAUGUUCUUAAUCAAUGCCCUAAGAAAGCCUUAUAUUUAUUCAGAGAAAUGUUGAGUGAAGGAAUUCGACCUGAUGCCCCUGCUAUUAUCAGUGUCCUUUCAGCCAUUGCUGAUCUGGGUUUUGUUGAGGAAGGCAAAUGGAUACAUACUUACAUAUCUGCCAAUAAGAUAGAACGUUGUUCUAGGUUUAUUGGAUCAGCUCUCAUAAACAUGUAUUCCAAAUGCGGCCAAAUCGAACAUGCCUACCAUGUAUUUAGCAGCAUAUCUCAUCAAAGGAACAUUGGGGAUUGGAAUUCCAUGAUCUCUGGGUUUGCUAUCCACGGGCUUGGUCAUGAAGCCAUCAAGCUUUUCUUGGAUAUGGAAAGGGCAGCGCUUGAGCCCGACGAUAUCACUUUCUUGGGACUCCUAAGUGCUUGCAACCAUGGAGGCUUAAUGAAUGAGGGUCUAUCCUAUUUUGAAACCAUGCAGGCGAAAUACAAGAUCAUUCCGAAGAUUCAGCACUAUGGAUGUAUUGUUGACCUUCUUGGUAGAUCAGGUCAUUUAGAAGAAUCACUUGAGAUCAUAUAUGAUAUGCCUAUGGAGCCUGAUGUUUUAAUCUGGAAGGCCAUUCUGAGUGCCAGCAUUAAACAUAACAACUUCAAAAUAGGUCAAAUCGCUGCAUUGCGAGCUAUGGAUUUGGCUCCAGAGGAUUCAAGUUGUUAUGUUCUCCUCUCAAAUCUGUAUGCCAAAUUGGGAUGGUGGGAUGACGUGGCUAGAGUUAGAACAGUGAUGAAAAAGAGAGGAGUAAGAAAAAUUCCUGGGUGCAGCUCCAUUUUUGUGGGUGGUAAAGUUCAUCAAUUCCUAAUUGGCAAAGCAAUAGAUGUGGAGAACAACCAAAACAUUCUCUCCAUGAUAGAGGAAGUGAUCUCCAAGUUGAAAUUGGAAGGGUAUGAGCCUGACUUUAAUCAAGUUCUUCUGGAUCUUGGAGAUAAUGAAAAGGAAUGCCAUUUAGCACUUCACAGUGAGAAGAUGGCUCUUGCUUUUGGACUGCUGACUACGUCCCAUGGGAUUCCCAUUCAUAUAGUGAAGAACUUGAGGAUUUGCUGUGACUGUCACUCGUUCAUGAGGCUGGUUUCCAAAAUAUACAACCGCAGAAUUAUUGUCAGAGACCAAAACCGUUUUCAUCGGUUUGAAAAUGGUUAUUGUUCUUGCAAAGAUCAUUGGUAAUUUCGAUGUAUAGUUGUGAAGAGAGCAUGAAUACGUGGCAAGGGGGUAGAUUUGACUGAGUUCCGUUUGACUGAUACAAUUACAAUAAAUGAAGUUCCAGUGCCCCAAUCGAUCUUGAUUCCAUUCAACGAUCUUGGCCCCUUGGGACCAGCUUUAAUGAUUGGAUGGGCAGAAUUGGAGAAUUUAAGUGCUAAUCUAUCUUUCUUUGAUGCUGUAAAAUAGACGUCCUUUGAAAAGAAUCAACAAUCAGGUAUUUAUUUUCCUAA